AGUGUUAUUCACUUCACCUCUCAGUGUUCAUAAUGUUAUGGCUGAUCUGUGUAUGCAGUGUGAAUAAACACGUCCUCAAAGCGGCAAUUCCGUCCUGCGCCUUAAAUCUUAAAUUUCCAGUACAUAUGCAAAACUGUAUUCCAGCAAAUCUCUCUCUCUCUCUCUCUCUCUCUCUGUGUGUGUGUGUGUAUGUGUGUGUGUGUGUGUGUGUAUGUACAUAAUGUCGAUGUCGAUGACUCUCACGCGGAAAUUCCACGAAGAAAUGCCCGCCCUUAACAACCCGUGUGGUGUGUUUGCACUUAAUUGUUCUCGUUUUUCGUGAUUGCACACACACCCACACACACACAGACACACACACACACACAGACACACACAGACACACACACAGACGCAAACAUGCCAGCAGCAGCUCAGUACAGUACAGUGUCAGUGAUCCCCCGCAGUGUGUGGAAGGCAGAUGAUGUUCAGAUGAGAGAAAAAUUACACAAACCUGCUGACAAGCUUAUUAUCCAUCACACAGCACUGUGGAGCUGCUGGAGUCAGACGCAGAGCAUCUCUCAGCUACAACACAUUCAGCACCUACACAUCCACGAGCGCAGCUUCAACGACAUCGGCUACAACUUUUUGGUGGACCAGACUGGUGAGGUGUAUGAAGGCCGUGGCUGGGGCAUCGUCGGAGCACACGCAAAAGCACAUAACCAUGACUCUGUCGGUGUUGCUUUUAUGGGCAACUUUAAUGAUGAGUCUCCGAGCUUGCAGGCCCUGUCAGCCGUGCGUGCUUUGAUCCAGCAUGGAGUGGCCAAGGGAUAUUUACAACCCAACUUUGUGAUUUUGGGACACAGAGACAUCGCAGACACGCAGUGUCCGGGAGAGAAGCUGUAUUCCUCACUGCACACACUCAAGGCACCAAUAAUUCACACAUCCUGAAAGUUUCAUUGACUAAAACCGAUGUUUCGAUAGAGUUAUGAUUUUGAGGGAUCUUUUAUGCUUCUCAUCCUGUAUUUUGUACAUAUUUUAUUGAAAUCCUUCUGUGUAUUUCACUGUAUGAUUACUAUUCAGAUUGAAUAGUUUGUCCUCGCCUGAUGUAAUAUUUAAACCAUCAGUAUUAAAAAAAAAGAUAUAUAUCGUAUAGUAUAAGAUAUAACUGUGUUUUUGUUUAUCUAUGAUAAUGCAGGAAGCAAUCACCUUUGUGUAUAGUGUUAUACUAAAAUAUAAAUAAAGCAGCUCAGCCAUCCCAUUAGAGAUGAAAGUGAUAUGCAAAAUACUCGGCCCUGCACCAAACGUGAGCCAGUGGCAUCGCCUCUUCUCUCCUGUCCUCCUUUCAAGCACUAGGUCAAGGCUUGGCUACAUCUCUCAACUGCACAAGGGUUGGUAGUUACAGCCGGUCAUCAGAUGGUCACCCCCUUCCACUGAUUUAAGCCCAUGACACCUUGUGAGGGCUCGACAGCAGAUCUCCUGCUGACUGUCAUAAUUCAUCCUUCAACAGGUUGGCUCUGCCACCACACCUCCGGCUGUGUCCAGACCUUACCUACCAGCCAUUUCCUGAGCAUCCCUUCAAUCCUCAGCAACCCAAGGGUUCUCCAGGGGGCUGCUUAUAGAGACAAUUAACAUAGACACUGUGCUUUGCCCAUAACAUUGCAAUCCUUUCAGAAUAUUUAACAGUAAAAAAACAAACAAACAACUGAAAACAUCACUUUAUCAUCUUUCAGAAGGGUGUCGGCACAAACACCAUUCAUUUACUGUUUUUCAUAUUUGCUAACUUUUUUCACUAAAGAUCUGUCGGACAAUUUACGUGUUAAUUUGAGCGAGUUAAGAUUGUUUAUCAAUGGCUUGGAAAUAAGACUAUUGCGCGUGCGCGUUUAUUUACCGCACAGCAUCGCCAUAUUAGGUCACUGCUCCCUCGAGCGCAAUUUAGUCACGUGCUUGCUAUCUCAAGAAAAUUUUGAGCA